AUGAGCGAGGCUCCUACCGAUGUGGCAUCCACCGUGGUAGACUACGAAGAGCUGAUGGCACCAUGGGCCUACAAUGCGUCCGCCAUCACGCUGUUUUUCAUCGGCUUCUUCGGGUUCUUCCUCAACCUGUUCGUGAUUGCGCUCAUGUGCAAGGACAUGCAGCUUUGGACACCGAUGAACAUCAUUCUCUUCAAUUUGGUAUGUUCCGAUUUUUCCGUGUCGAUCAUCGGCAACCCUCUAACACUCUCGUCGGCCAUUUCGCAUCGCUGGAUCUUUGGGAGGACAUUGUGCGUGGCGUAUGGAUUUUUUAUGUCCUUAUUGGGAAUCACCUCCAUCACGACGCUGACGGUGCUCUCGUACGAGCGGUACUGCCUCAUCAGCAGACCGUUCUCGUCCCGGAAUCUGUCCCGCACGGGUGCUUUGGUAGCUGUCGUCCUUAUCUGGGGCUACUCGUUUGCCUUAACAUCGCCACCGCUGUUUGGCUGGGGUGCAUACGUCCAGGAGGCAGCUAACAUCAGCUGCUCGGUUAAUUGGGAGUCUCAGACAAAGAACGCCACCACCUACAUCAUAUUUCUGUUCGUUUUCGGGCUCAUCGUCCCGCUGGUGAUCAUCGUGUACAGUUACACCAACAUCAUCGUCAACAUGCGCAAGAACUCAGCCAGGGUAGGUCGCAUCAACCGUGCCGAACAACGUGUCACUUCGAUGGUAGCAGUGAUGAUCGUAGCGUUCAUGAUCGCCUGGACGCCUUAUGCCGUGUUUGCGCUGAUCGAACAGUUUGGUCCACCUGAGCUGAUUGGGCCCGGAUUGGCCGUACUUCCGGCGCUGAUCGCUAAGUCCAGCAUCUGUUACAAUCCGAUCAUUUACGUCGGCAUGAACACGCAGUUCCGAGCGGCAUUUACGCGUGUACGUCACAAAGGCGCAGGUCCUGGCGCGACUGAGCAAAACACCACCACAAUGCAGCGGGAACUAACCAAAAGCAGUCGGGACAUGGUCGAGUGUAACCUGGAUUUCUGCCGCAAGAAGAACCGCUUCAAGAUCAGCCUGGUGAAGCCCGGCAGUGCGUCAUUGGGAACGUUGGGAGAUCCUUCAAGUACUAGUUCUCGACCGGCUCGAUCACCUCUAGACCAGACGGUGCUGAACGACACGGAAGCUGGUGAGAUAGGCCGCAGCGGUUGCUACACGGCGUCCCGGUUCGGACGGCCGGACUUCGAAUUAUCUGUGAUCAAUAGCGGGAAGUCGAUUCUUAUCAAAUCGAAGAACUUUCGGUCCAACCUUCUGUAGAGCGCUCGUGAUAGGUACGGGGUAAGUAGCGCGUGAUCGCAACCCCCCCAAAAGGGGUUCGUUUGGUGAUUUUGGUUUGACUUCCCUGUGAGCUGUCCUCUUACGUCCACGGACACCGGUUUGUUGGACGAACAUCAUCCCUUAUGCUUCCUUGUAGUUGAAUUGAACUAAUCGCCACUCUCGCCGAAAGACAGAGCCCUCUUUCAGUGAGCGGUGUGGUUGGAGUUUAUUCACGUUACAUAGUCCGUUUGGGAACACGAUUGACGCGAUUGGGAACACGAAAUGCAAAAUUACAUCGAUACAAUUGAAACCAAAACGAGCUUUUAAAUUAAAUUUAAGAUAAGAACGAAAGAGUUAUCCCACCUGGUACGGCCGCAUGGCACCGAUGGAGCAUAUUUAUCGCGCGAAACCGUUAUUCCGAAGGUACACCACAUGUGAAUUAGUCCAGUCAACCGAGAGAUCCGAGGGUGUAUCAUGUUGUUCCGACAUUAGACAUUCCAUAUAUUAAAGUAGAGUCGGUGACGUCGUUGUCACAUUUCGUAAAUGUGAUUACAUCGCGUAGCGUAGUUGUGAUUUGGUGUCAUUUAACAAUUCAGCCCUUUCCGGACGACGCCACUAAACGGCCAAUAAGUAUUACAGUAAAAAAAAAACCACGAGAGAAGCAUAUUUACUAUUAAAGGUUAACGGAGAUGCAUCAUUCAACGAACGUAGUGUAAAACUUAGGUAAGGUAGACAAGCGGCUGGAAUGCAGCAUGUUGGAAAUAAGUCACGUUAUUGCAUCGACUAGCUAGCUGUGUAAAUGGGUGCAAACUUGCAUCUCGGAACUUGUGGAACACCGUACUAUACAAUACAACCACGUGACUCACGAAUGUGAUACCGAACAGCGAAACAAAAAAAAAUACAAUUUACAGCGCGUAAAAGCAGGUUUCAAUACGAAACGCACAAUUAUAAACGUCUAGUAUUAUUCAAACACCGGAAA